UUCCCGAUAUUUCGUCAUAUGACGUAUGACGCAUUCUUCAGUAAUCUCACAUUCGGUAACGGCUAUUGAAACUGAUAUUUUAUUAAUGUUAGUCUCGUAUCCAUAGUGUUAAGGUGUAAACUCAGUGUAUUUUCGCUUAUAAUCAAUUGUUUAACACCAAAAGAUGGCCGCUCCACCGAUUUAUAAUCCAAUAGUGCCAUGUGUGCAUCCCAUCCCCGGGGGCAUGUUCCCAGGCAGAAUGAUCCGUUUCCAGGGCAGUGUGCCCCCUGGCGCUCAGAGGUUUGCUAUAAACCUUCAAUGUGGUCCCAACACGGAACCUCGUGAUGACAUUGCACUCCAUCUCAACUUCCGCUUCAUAGAGAUGUGUGUGGUGCGUAACCAUCUGACAGCUAUGAACUGGGGGGUAGAGGAUACUGCUGGAGGCAUGCCGCUAGCCAGGGGAGAGGCAUUCGAAGCUCUGGUGCUGUGUGAACCGCAGUCUAUGAAGGUAGCGUUGAAUGGUGUCCACUUCUGCGAGUUCCCGCACCGUCUGCCGUACCAGCGUAUCUCUCACUUGACAGUGGACGGUGACGUCAUGCUGCAGUUCGUCGGCUUCGAGGGUGCGCAGGCGCCGCCUUCACAAGUCUUCAUGUCGGAGCCUCCAGCGUACGGUGCGUAUGGUGCUCCGCCCCCUGUGUACGGAGGACCCGGAUAUGGUGCACCUCAAGGAUUCCAGACAGCUGGUGGGUAUGAGACGACGUACGUACAGGGUCAGCCGCAGCGGACGGGGCUGGGCACAGGCGCGGCUGUGGGGCUGGGUGUGGGAGCGCUGGCGGCGGGUGGGCUGGCUGGCUAUGCGCUAGGCGGUGGCUUCAGCAGCAACGACUCGCCUAGAGAAGAGGUUAAUGUGUCAUCAUUUUCAGAAAAUGUCGAUUUCGGUGGCGACGACUGGAUCGAGUAAUCUAAAAUAUAGGAAUAUAACGACCUAACACACCUAUAAAUAAAUGUAAAAUGUAAGCAAACUGAACUUACCUAGAAUAAAAAUGUGAUAGGUAAUUGCAAUAGAACGGAACACUUUGUGAACAGGAAAUUAUUUUCUUAUUCAGUCGAUCCUCAAUCGAUACAUCGGAUAGGUAUGCAACAUGCACAUCACUACAAUUUGUAUUUCAAAAUGGCGACUGUUAAUCAGCUGAUUCAGUUAUCAAUUAAAUAUGAAAAUAACACAUUAUUAAAAAUUUGCUGCAAAUAAUUAACAUAU